AUGGCAUCACAAUCAUCCUCGUCAACAAAUUCGAAAUUUGGUGGGGUCUCCAGAAUGAAAGUGUGCAUACCACCACGAGCAAAAAAGAUAUUGCCCAUAGAAAUUAUGAAUCGUCUUUCCUCUUGUGACACAAAUCCGUCAUCAUAUAGGUCGUUUUUGGCCUUUAAUGUGCAAUGGUACCAAAUACAUUGGAACGAACCAAUUUCUCUUGUUGCAAAGAUUUGGCAUUGCAUUUCAAUAAUAAUUAGUUUUGGUGUAUUGGCAUAUAGCAAGCAGUGUUGUAAAGGACGUAGUGUUGAACAUUCGUAA